UUUUAUAAAUUAUCUAAUUAAUUCCAAACCCAUAUGAAAUUUUUCGGGCCGAUGCCCCACGCGCCAAAUCGUACCAAUAAUUGAAAAGAUUAAUCUUAAAAAUGCAUAUACUAGACCCUUAUUAUGUAUCAAAAUUGAUAAUAGAUUACCUGGAAAGUAACAAUUUUUACCAAACUACCUUGGCAUAUAAAAAGGAAUGUAUAUGGUUAAACAAUGAUCAUGCAGGUAAUCAUAAUAAUUUUACCAUGAACGAAACCCUUUAUGAUAUACUAUUCUCAUAUUCCAAACUCAAGAAAGAACACAAGAGAGUUAAAUCUUUGAAGGGAAUUAUAAACAAUGUUUACACUUUAGUUAAAAAAGCCAAAAAUGACAUUGAGUAUUUUGAAAAUACAAAAGAACCUCAGUUUUGUAACAACUCUUCUCAAUAUUUAUGUCAAAAUGAAAAAACUAUAGAAGAUUUUAGAUGUAAUGAAACUUCUGCUAUUAACAGUGAUAUUCAUAAUACCGCAUAUCCAAUUGUUACAGAAUGGACUCAAAAUAAUAACCCUAAAGAUCAAAAUAUAUAUCAUAUUUCUAAUAUCAUUAAUCCAAUAUCUAGUUUAAAUAAUUUGAUCAAUACAAAUUGUUUAAUUAAUAGCGUAACUUCUAUAUCUUCCAAUCAGAAUGCUUUUUUGCCAGCUAUAUUUAAUAAUAAUGUCAAUUCCUCAAUCAAAAAUAACUCAGUGUCUCAUGCUUUAAUACAUAAAAAUAUCAUUGAUAAAACUAAUCACAUUGAUAGUAAUAAUCAUAAAAUCAAUAAGCCAAAUUUUAAUUUAAAGGGUGAGCUCCCAAAAGAUUUUGUUACUUCAAUAUUUAAAAAAUCACCACAAGAAUGGAUUAAAUGGCCAAAUCUGAUUCAAAAAUUAUUAGAAGAUUCAAAAUUUCAAAAUGCAUUUGCUGAUGUAAUUAAUAAAACUCUUUAUUCCCCUAAUAAAAAACUUACCCCUUUAUCAAUAAAUAAUACUUCCACAAAUAAAUUUGAAAAUAAUGAUUCUAUUGAUAAUAUUAACCCUCCCAAUUUGUCUUCAAAUAAUGGAGAAAGCUUAUUUUUAAAUCUUGGAAAUUAUGUUGAUACUAUUAGAAGCCAACUUAAUAUUAUACAUACUCCAGUAACUAAAGGAUACUCACCAAUUAAUGAGAACAUAGUUAGUAAUGGUAAAGAAGACAUUGCUUUUGUUAAACAGAAUGAUACAAAUUCAAAAGUUGAAAAUGUUAUAGAAGAUAAUUUUAAACCCAUUUUUAAUGAUGCAAAUGACCAUAAAAACGAUCCUGAUAAUCAAAACACAUCCAUUAGCUCAUUGAAUAAAGAUGUUAUUUCAGAUAUUUUGGAUGUCAUGGAAACAGACCCUGAUUUUGAAUCUUUAUUCAACAUAUUUAACACCAAAGAUUGCUUGACCGAUGAUGUAGCCAAUUCCUUCCUAAACUUUGAUCCCUCCAACAUGUUCCCUAACAACCUUUACGACGAACUAAUCUCUCCAUGCAAGAAUAAUUUUGUUGCAUAUUCCCUCGCCAACUUUGAAUCGGUCAAACCUGCCACACCUCUAUCAACUUCUACUAGACUUAACAAAAAUUCAUUCACAGAUCAUAUAGCCGCUGGUAAGAUAGUUCCCCCUACAAACGAUUUGCAUCAGAUAAAGGCAGAGAAAAAUGGUUUACAGAGGUUUGAGACUAUUAACCAAUCAGAUCUAAUGAAUCUAAUUAACCCGAAUACCCCUCUUCAUUCGCAAAGUUUAAACUCAUUAAUGAUCGCUCCACUAACGUUUAAUAAUACCCCCCUCGUUGCUAACCUUAGCGGUAACGUGCCUAAAUCCUUCAAAUCCAAACUACCUCUAAAGAGGAAUAAAGGUGUGGCAGCCAACUUAAAAAAUGAUAAAUAUAAGGAAGAACUACAAGGGUUGAUUCAACUUCGUCUUGAUAACAUGCGAAAAAUUUUGCCCAAAGAAAGUGCUCCUCCUUUUCAAAUUCAUCUUAAUAACAUGCGAAAAAUUUUGCCCAAAGGAAGUGCUCCUCCUUACACUUCUGCACAAAUUUCUAACACCUCAAUCUAUCCCACUAAUCAUUUUGCAAAUAUUAGUUGUGAUGUCACUACUCUGGUUGAUGAAUCAAAAUCACGCGUUAAUAAGACCACUUCUUAUAAGAAUGAAUGCAGAGACGAUCAUAUCGAUAAAUUAACAACUAAUCCUGACUCUGUUUUACCCAUACAAAACGAGGAAGAAAGGGAAGUUUUAAAUUUCUUGAUAUCUUUAUCCAGCAAGAAUAUGGAUAAAACUCGCGAUUUUUCUGGUGAUGACGGAUUGGGAAACGUUAAUCAGGAAAUUAAGGUACCGAGCAAUGCGUGCAGAAAGGAAAAUUUUAAACAUCUAUUGGAACCAGAUUUUGAAGAAACUAAAAUCGGGAAUACCAAUCACAGUCACGCGAAGCGUAAAAAGAAAAGGGACGGUAAGAAAAUUUUGUCAAGACUGGCUGAUAGCGAGAUUGACUGGUUUCUCAACAAGAUUCAUUCAUAA